CAGCUUCCGCCUCUUCCCAGCAGACCGAACUCAGCGCACCAGGAGACGGCCACCGGGGGCAAAAGGGUGCACGGUCUGUCCCCAAAAUCAACAAAACCUCUCUAGCUGAUUUCCCCCCCGACCACCAAAAAAGUAAAUAAAUCACCCCCCUCCCAGUGCUAAGAUGAGUAUGUUCGGCGGUUCCACGUCCAGACUGGCGUCUAUGGGCCAGCGCAGUAAUUCCCGACCGGACUUGUCGUCGUCAAGCUACAUGAGGAACGACGUUUUCUUGUCUGGGAACGGUUUACAAGGUGGGGACUACCAGAUGGCGGACGGCGGCUACACGACGUACAAGACUACCUACUCCAGGUCUUCCGUGCACGGCGGAGGAGGCACCGGCGGACGCAAAAUGCAAGUUAGCAUGGGAGCUGGCGGCGGCGGCGGCGGCGGCAUAAGUGUGGAGGACAUUCAAGAGAAAGUAAUGCAGCUGAAAGCCAUGAGUCAUGAGUACCUGCAAAGAGCAAAGAUGAUCCUGCAGAGUGGCGGACCACCGGCGGAGGCCGAGAAGAUGCUGAUGAUGGCGUCCGAUCAUAUGGAGCUCUUGAGGACGUAUGGAAUGGACCUGCAGCAAAUGCGCAUCCCCAACGAUGUCUUCGCCAGUGUAAACCAGCUGGAGCACAUGUAUGGCGGUGUCCAACAGCAACUAAUAGGCACCAUGACCAUCAAACGGAACACGGCCAGCAGUCUGGGCGCUGCCGAAGGAGGCAGGCUCUUUAAAGACGCAAUGGCCUGGAUUAGCCAGCAGAAGCGCAUGAUUCAGACGGCUCCUUGGGGGGAAGACUCGGCCACCAUUGAAAAACAAAUCAUGAGCCACAACAAAUUCCACAGCACCAUUCAAAGGAGCCAGGAAGUAGACCGUGCCCGGGACGAACUGGGCAUGAGGGGUGACAAGUCCAACCUUUACAUCAUGGAACAAGAAUGGGACAGUCUGCAGAAAAUGUCACACAACCGAGUGAAUCAGCUGCGCGAGCUGCAAAGCAUCAUUGAGGAAAUCUCUCGCGCGAUCAUGUGGGUGAACGAGAAGGAGGAAGAGGAACUGGUCUUUGACUGGGGAGACAAAAACAUCGAGCAGUACAUCCCCAAGAAGCAAGAGAGCUACUCUAGGCUGAUGAAAGAUCUGGAAGAGAAAGAGAAGGAGCUGAACAAGCUGAAGGUGAAAGCAGACGGCCUCCUGAGCAACAACCACCCAGCCUCGGAUAAGAUUGAAGCCUACAUGGAUACCUUGCAGACCCAGUGGAGCUGGCUUCUCCAGAUCACCAAGUGUAUUCACAUUCAUUUGAAGGAGAAUGCAGCCUACAGCCAAUUUUUCAAAGAGGCGAAUGAGACCUAUGAGAAGUUGAAAAAGGACCGCGAGAACAUCCAGACCAAGUUCAAGUGCAACAAAAACACCCCACUGGAAAACCUUGUGGAGCUCCUGAAACUCUUGGAGAAAGAGAAGGAACGAAUCAUGGAGAAUAAGAGACAGGUUCAAAGCCUGGUCAACAAGUCCAAGACUAUUGUGAGGCUGAAGCCCCGCAACCCAGAGGAACCGACAGCAACCAACAACCCCAUCAUGGUCCAGGCAUUGUGUGACUUCAAGCAGGACCAGAAAGGGAUCCUCAAAGGGAAUGAGGGCAUACUGAAAGACAACACGCAGCGCAGCAAGUGGCUCGUGACUGGCCCAGGAGGUCUGGACAUGUUGAUUCCCUCCGUGUGUCUGCUGAUCCCCCCGCCGAAUCCCCUCAGCAUCGGCCUGGCCAACAAGAAUGAGCAAUAUUAUGAGGCCAUCCUGGCUAUAUGGAAUCAGCUGUACAUUAACAUCAAGAGCCUCAUCUCGUGGCAGUACUGCCUCAAGGACAUCAACUACAUCAACUCUCUCACAUUCUCCAUGAUAUCGAAAAUGCGCCCCGAGGAGUACCGUAGCAUCAUCAAAAGACUGGAGACCCACUACCAAGAGUUUCUGCGUACCAGUCAAGGUUGUGACCUUUUCGGGGAAGAGGAUAAACUCACCAUCCAGGGCCACUUUGAUCAAGCCCAGAACCAUUAUGAUACCCUGGUUGUCCAGCUGACCGGCUACAAGGAGGAUAAGGAGCCAAGCAAACCCGCGCCUCCCAAAAUCCAGGCCCUCAGCAUCUUGCUGCUCAAUAGUCUGCAGGAGCUCCGAAGGAGGCUGGAGCUGGCCGAGACCGGACUCACCGGCCAUCUGCACGUUUGCUCGGGGGAAAACAGCCUGCAAGAGUGCUUAGUGCACAUCGAAAAACUGCAGUUGGUGCACCAAGAUCUGGACUCCAUUCACGAUGAAUACCUGCGCCUCAGAGAGAAGAUUCUAAAGCAGCUGGAAGGGAUCCCUCCCGACUCAGAGCAAGCUAAGUUCCUGCGCUCAGAGCUGGAAAUCAUCAGCCAGAAACUGGGGGGUCUGCAGGGUCUCUACUCGGCUUACAUCCAGAGAGUGUCAGCGCUGAAGUCCUUGCUUGAGACUCUUCUCCAGGUUGAAGAUGUUGUCAAAGUCCAUGAGGCCCGCCUGACGGAAAAAGAAACCACCUCACUGGACCCGCGAGAACUGGACAACUACCAGAGCACUCUGAAGCAAAUGAAAAUCGAGCUGGAGCACAAAAAAGACCUGCUGACCGCGAUGGAGUCGGAGCUAGCCAAAGCGGUUCAAUGGAACGGUCAAGUCUCGGAGUCCUUCCACAGGUGCGACGUGGACUUGUCCAAAUACGCAGAACUGGUGGGUCAACUGUCUGACCGCUGGCGCCGCAUCCAAACCCAAAUCGAUACCAGAUUGUGGGAUCUGGAGAAGCAUGAGAAGCAGCUGAAAAAUUACCAGCAGAACAGCACUUCCAUCGACCAGUGGAUAAACAAUGCCCGGAAGCGCCAGGACGGCCUUCAGAAUGUUAAACUCACUAACAUCCAGAUGGUCAUGGACUACCUCAACCAGCAGAAGAUACUUCACGGUGAAAUCAAAGGAAAGAAAGACAAGGUGGAGGAUGUCCAGAAAGAUGCAGACACCUGUGCUGCCUCCAUUAAGGACUAUGAGUUGCAGCUCGCUUCCUACAGUUCCGGCCUGGAAACGCUCCUGAAUAUUCCGAUCAAGAGAACCAUGCUGAAGUCGCCCGCUACUGUUAUAAGACAGGAGGCGUCGGACAUCCAAUCCCAGUACAUCGAGCUCCUCACUCGCUCAGGUGACUACUACAAGUUUCUUGGGGAGUUGCUGAAGAACAUGGAAGAGCUGAAGAUUAGGAACACCAAGAUUGAGCUGCUGGAAGAGGAAAUUAGACGCCUCAAAGAACAGCUUGGGGAUAGUGGCGGGAAAAAUAAGUCUCUGGAAGAUGCGUUGGCCCGCCUCAAGCUGGAGCUCAGCCAGUCAAAAGACCAGCUCAUUUCACUGGAGGAAGUCAAGAGAACCACAUCCAUUCAAGUAUCUGCCGCCAAGGAGAGCCUGGAAGGUACCCACAGCCAGAUCCAAGAGCUGACUGACCAGCUCAACCGCAUUAAGUACCAACUGGAGGAAGAAAAGAGGAAAAAAAGGCUGGCCGAAGAGCGCUACACUAGCCAACAAGAAGAAUAUGAGGCGGCCGUUCGCCGCAGACAGAAAGAGCUGGAUGAGCUUAACUGGCUCAAGAUUGACUUGGAAAAGACUGUCAAUGACAAGGAACGUGAGAUGGAGAGGCUGAAGAUACUGCUGGAGGAGGAGGCGGCACGUCGCCGCAGUGCCGAGUCAGAUAUUUCAAAGGUAAGAACACAGUGCACCCAGGAGCUCAAUCAACUUAAGCAAACGUACGAGACCCAGAUCCACGUCACCAAGACCACUGUCCUGAAAGCCUCGCAGCAGAAGGAAGAGGACUCAGCCGAACUGAGGCGGCAGUAUGAGAAGCUCACAGGAGAGAAGAGAGAUCUCGAAGAUGAGCUCCGUAGACUCAAACUCUCCAUUGCCCACGCCGAAGAGCAAAAAAACAGAGCGGAGAUGGAGACUAACCAGCAGAGGUCAUCACUGACCCAAGAGACAAGGAUGCGGAGUGAGCUGGAAGUGCAAAUCAGGAAGUUCACGCAGCAGAGAGAUGACGAUGAGCUCAAACUAAAGGAGGCCACCAAAAAUAUUCAAGAAAAAGGUCGUCAGAUCAGUAUGCUUACACGUGACAUCGAAGAAGAAAUGAAGAAGAGGAGGGCCUUGGAAUUGGAAAUCAGUCUCCUGAAACAGUCUGAGGGAGAGCUAAAGGCGACCAACGCCUCCUGUCUGGAGACAAUUAACAAGCUUAAACUGUCUGAGAAGGAAAUCCGCAUCACCCGAGUGGAGCUGGAGAAGCAGACCAGUGACCGCAAUAAGGCAGAGCAGAGUGCUGUGAGGCUCCAGAGCCACAUCCGGGAACUCCAAUGCGCCCUGGAUGCCAUGGGAGCCGAUAUGGAGAAGCAAAAGAAGGCAACCCAAGACGAGCUCACACGCAGGAAGAGGCUGGAGUCGGAGUUAGAGAGGGUGACACAGACAUGCAAAGAGUACACCACCACGAUCACAAGCCUCAAGUCGAUUCAGGUCGAGGCUUCCAACUCUGAAAGAAAGUACGGACAGGAUCUCAGAGCUCUUCAGGAUGCUCUGGAUAAGAGCCACAGGGAGCACAAACUCACCAAAGAUGAACUGGCAGCUGUGAUCGCUGAACUGAAGACAUUGAAACAGAAGCUCCACCAUGAUCAACUCCAGAUUGUGGAGUUCAACCAGCGAAAUGAAAGUCUGUACAAAACCAUCGAGGACAAGAGCCGCCACCUCAACGAAUGCACCGUUGAAAUCGAACGUCUGAAGGCUCAGGCUCAGAACCUGACAAAGGAGAAAUUGAUGCGGGAGGAGGAGCUGAGGGUCCUUAUGCAGGAGAGGGAUCAGUUGAUGAUGAGCAGGGAUGCUGUUGAUGGGGAAAAUGCAUCUCAGAUUGCAGCCUUGCAUGUCCAACUUCAGAGUAGCAACAAGAGGACAGCGGAGCUCCAGGCUCUCGUCAACGACCUGACCAAGGAGAGAGAAAAGCUUAUGGUCGAAAUAGACAAAUUCCAAAAGCAGUCUUUUGAGACAUCCAUCAUGGUGCAUGAGUCUCAAAGCAAGUACAGUGAAGUGCUGCUGGAGAGGGAUGAUUUGCUCUCAAAGCUUAAAUUGCUGGACCAGGACAAACACCGGCAAAAGCGCCUUGAAGAUGAACUGGCCCGUAUCAAACACUCCCUGGAGACUGAGCUUCGCAACAAGCAACGCUUAAUUGACGAGAAAAACACAGUUAUCAAGGAUUUCACCCUUUUGAAGAGCCAGUACGAGCUGAAGGAAACCCAGCUCAGGCAGUGGGAAUCAGACAGGUCCAAGACAGAUCAAGAUAGGUUGAGUCUAAAGAAUGAGAUUGAGAGGUUGAUGAGAGAGCUUCGACUUGUUGAGGAACGUUACAAGAGCAGGUUGUUGAGCUCUGAGAAGGAGGUGACAGAGCUAGGUCUCAAGAGAGAUGCACUGCAGAGAGAGAUUGAGAGGUUGCAGAGAAGGCCAAGCACGUCAAACAGACAGACCCAGACGGAUAUGAAGGUUGCCACAAUUGACCCUUCGAAGCUUGUAUUUGACGGGGUGCGUCGCAAAGUCACAGCCCACCAGCUUUGUGACUGUGGUAUCAUCAGCAAGUCGACUCUAGAGCUGCUGCUGCAGGGGAAAAAGACAGUGGAUGAGGUCGCCGUUGAGAUCCAAGUGAAUCUCAAGGGCACAGGCAUUAUUGCUGGUAUGAUGGCAGGUUCUCAAGGCAAAAUGGCCUUCACUGAAGCAAAAAAUAGAAAUUUCCUUAGCCCAGAGAGCGCACUUAUGUUGUUAGAGGCUCAGGCGGCAACAGGCUACAUAUCAGACCCUGCUUUUAAUGACAAGAUGCCUGUGGACACCGCUUGUUCCAGGGGGAUUGUGGACACAGAAGACAGAGACGUCUUAGUGAAAGCUGAAGCUGCGAGUGUUGGUUUCAAAGAUCCCUACACGGGUAAAGUGUUGUCUGUGGGCCAGGCUUGCAAACAAGGCCGAAUCGACAAGGAGACAGCACUCCGUUUGCUGCAGGCUCAGGAGUCUGUUGGGGGGAUAUUGGACCCCGUUCUGAGUGUGUUCCUGCCAAAAGAUUUGGCCCUAGAUCGCAAUCUAAUUGAUGAGGACCUCUACAGAGCUUUGAACAGAAGACCCGCAUGCUACCUGGAUCCCACAACAGGAGAAAAGAUAAGCUAUAGUGACCUUAGAAGAAAGUGUAUGGUGGAACCUGUCCAUGGUUUACUUUUGCUUCAUGGCCCAGACAAACCCAUGACGGUAAAGGGGCUCCGCGGGGAAGUUUCUGUGACAGAGCUUAUCAAUUCUGAAUUGCUUGAUGAAACUGAUUUGCAGAGGCUUAGAGAAGGGCGGAUCACGAGCAAAGAUAUUGAGGAUAAGCUGAGGUCUUACCUCUACGGAUCUACCUGUAUUGCAGGGAUCUAUGAUGAGGUCAAUGACAGAAUAUGGCCCUUUUACCAGGCAAUGAAGGGAGGUUUGCUCAUGAGGGGAACCACCUUGGAGCUUCUUGAAGCCCAAGCUGCCUCUGGCUUCAUUGUUGACCCAGUGAACAACAUCUUCUUGACAGUAGAAGAGGCCACACUGCGAGGCCUGGUAGGAAAAGAAUUUAAGAAUAAGUUGCUAUCUGCAGAAAGGGCGGUGACUGGAUACACUGACCCUGCCACAGGAAAGACCAUCUCCCUUUUCCAGGCCAUUGAGAAAGAUCUUAUUGAGAAAGGCCAUGGAAUCCGUCUGCUCGAGGCUCAGAUUGCUAGCGGCGGGAUAAUUGACCCAAAAGAGAGCCAUCGUAUUGACGUUUCCGUUGCUUAUAAACGAGGAUAUUUUGAUGAGGAGAUGAAUGAGAUCCUCACCUACGAAGGGGAUGACACAAAAGGGUUCUUUGACCCAAACACAAAGGAGAACCUAACCUAUCUUCAGCUAAAGAAGAGGUGCAUCACAGAUGCCAAGACCGGCCUUGUACUCCUGCCUCUUAAAGACAAGAAAAAAGCACAGGCAUUACAAGAGAGCCGAAGUAAUGUCCUCCGCAAGAGGCGGGUGGUGAUUGUUGAUCCAGACACUAACCUGGAGAUGUCAGUGAGAGAGGCCUAUCAUCGUGAGUUAAUCGACUAUGACACCUUUCUAGAUUUGUCAGAACAGGAGUGUGAGUGGGAAGAAAUCACUAUCAAAGGAUCAGACGGCUCAACACGCUUGGUUAUAGUAGACAGAAAGACGGGGACGCAAUAUGACAUUCAGGACUGCAUGGAGCGUGGUAUUAUUGACCAGAAGUCCCUGGAUCAGUAUCGGUCCGGAACCUUAACCUUGACACAGUUUGCCGACCACAUUUCCAGCAAGAGCAGCAGCACCGAGAUGACAAUCUCAGCCAGCAGUGCCGAAGACGUGAUUACCUGCAGUAGUCCCACCCAGGCUGCACCGUCCUCUCCCACCGUUCGUAAACGCUUCAACAGUAUUUCCAUUACAGUCUCUCCCCCAGAGCUUUUUGAUGACCAGAGCCCAGUGGGAGCCAUAUUCGACACCGAGACUUUGGAGAAGAUAACCAUUCCUGAAGCACACAGGAGAGGAAUAUUGGAUACCAUCACAGCACAGAGACUGUUGGAGGCCCAAGCGAGCACCGGAGGAAUUAUCAACCCCGCAACUGGGCAGAGACUAACACUGCAGGAUGCUGUCCAUCAGUGUGUGAUUGAAGAAGCCAUGGCUGGCAAGCUGAAGGCCGCGCAGAAAGCCUAUCUUGGUUUUGAGGAUGUGAAGACAAAGAGAAGGAUGUCCGCGGCAGAGGCAGUGAAGGAGACGUGGCUACCUUACGAGGCCGGGCAGAGGUUCCUGGAGUUUCAGUACCUGACUGGAGGCCUGAUCGAACCCAGCAGUGGAAAACGCAUUACCAUUGAGGAGGCCAUUCGCAAAGGUUGGCUGGAUGGCCUUGGGGCACAGAAACUUCAGGAUACCCGCAACUAUCCGAAAAACUUGACCUGUCCCAAGACAAAGCUGAAGAUCUCCUACAAGGAAGCCAUGGAUAGCUGCAUGGUCGAAGAGAGUAACGGUAUGAAGAUGCUGCAGGCUUCGUCUGUGUCAUCAAAGGGACUCAGCAGCCCUUACAAUGUCUCCAACCCAGGAUCUCGGUCUGGGUCCAAGCCGAGCUCCAGAAGCGGGUCUCGGAGAGGCAGUGUGGAUUAUUCAUCUACGUACUCCUACAGCUUCUCAUCCAACAACACAAGUGCCAACUAUUAAUUCAACAUCUUGUCAUUACUAGAAGUAUAGAUUUUUAUUAACUAUUUUACAGUUUAACAUUUUUAAAGGUCUUGCUGGCAUAUAUGAGAAUUUGGGAUGUUUAAGAAUUGGAUAUGAAUUUGUUCGUGGAUGAGUGUUUGGAUCUGGUGUUUUCUUUUCUUUUUUUUUGAACUUACGCUAACUAUAAUUCACAGCCUUGCAUACCUGAAUAUAUUCGGAACAACCCAUUUUAAUAUACUUUUUUUAGGAGUGGUCUUUUUUUGAAAAUGCUUAUUCAACUUAGUUUCUGUACUUCUUGCCAUUUUUGAUAUUUUUGUUGUAGCUUGUCUUUUUAUGUGCUUUAUUCUUAAGCAGGAAAAAAAGCUCAAUUUAAAUGUUUUUAUGCAUUUACUUUGUAAACACUGACUUGAGUAAAGUACUGAUCAGCUGUAAAAAUACUACGGCCACUUAACACUACUUAAAAAUGAUUGAAAAAAAAAUAAAGGCUUGAUUUCCAUGUUUU